UGAAUCUUGAUUUCUUUAUGAGUGGCGGGAGGAGGUAUAUUUUGCCUCAGAGUGUUCUACUUGCAAAUCAAUAACUGUGUUGAUGUCAAGUGGGUGUAGGUUAGAGUCACUCUGUUGUGAUAUAAACUUAUCAUCUCUGAAAAAGUUGUCUUUAGUUAAAGUGAGAACAAAUGAUCAAAUUAUCCACAAUCUUGUUGCUGGGUGUCCUGUGAUAGAAGACAUUAGAUUUGAAUUUUGUUAUGGGUUGGAAAAUAUACACUUUUCUGCACUACCUAAACUCAAGGCUAUCAAGUUGGAAUCCAGUGAACUUAAGAUGGUGGAGUUGGAAGCAUCAAAUCUUUGUUAUGCAUGUAUAACAGCUUAUCAUGCAAGCGAGAUCAACCUGGUCCAAUGUAAAAAUCUGAAGGAAUUAAAUUUAGAAGCACUGUGCAUAGCAGACGAGUGGUUCCGUAACCAUAUCUCUCAACUUCCACUCAUUGAGGUGGUGACCCUAUCUAAUUGCAAUAAGUUGAAAAACAUUAAGAUUUCAAGUCAUAUUCUUAAGAAAUUAUACUUACAUAUGUGCAAAGAGUUGAUUGAAGUCGAGCUUGACACUCCUGCGUUACUUAAACUCUCAUAUUUGGGUUGGUGCAAUUUAUCACUUUCAUUGAAUGCUUCGGCUUAUUUGUCAGAAGUUAUCUACCAGAUGUUGUUGCCGCCUAUUAAUCAUUGGGAUGUUCAAAAGAUUGAAUUGAUUUCAAAGCUAAGUAAUUCCAAAUCAUUGCAUUUGUUAAGAUUUCAGUCUGCUAAGGAUGUGGUUAUACCGCAAGAAUUGAGAGAUACUCUACCAUCCCCAUCAUAUCUUGUCAAGCAGUUAAAGGUAUCACUAUCACGGCCAGAUACAGGGAGCGAAAUUGACAAACUUGUGGAUAACUUGCUUUGGAUUUCUCCUCUUCCAGAGGUUGUAGUAAUAGCUUAUCGGAUCAACGUAAAACCCUGGGAGGACACCACAUCUUUCAAGUUCUCCUAUAAAAAGCCUAUUUUUGACGAGGAGAAUCCUAGUUGCUGCAAAUUUCUUCCAAAUCCAUGUUGGAGGCAUUGCUUAAAGACUGUCACGAUUGAGAACAUUAGAGUACGUCCAGAUGAAGAGACUCUAAAGGCAGAAAAAGAAACCUUAGAGAAGUAUUUUUAUGAGAAUGCAAAAUUCUUAGAGAGCUUCCAAUUCCUUUGUGGUGUUGUUGGUUAAAAAUUGUCAACAACUUUAGAGGAUCUGUAUUGGCAAAAAUGUUAGAAAUGGGUAUGCAAAAAUCUUGGAGAGCAUCCACUUCCAUUCUAAAGGAGUUCUGCUCAAACAUUGUCAACAUGUUGAGCUUUAGACGAUCUGCAAAUACAAAAUUUUUAAGCGAGCUAACUUUUAGAGUAGAAUUUUGGAUAUGGUCUCAUAAAUUAUGACCUCUGGCUCUGACUCAUCUUGGAGAAUCUUUUUGAAUGCAUUACACUUUUAUCCCUUUUUGGUUUGAACUAAUAUUCCUGAUAUUUGAUUAUUUUGUAAGAUCAUUCUCGGA